GGAGCUCCUUGUUAAAUUAGCCUUGCACUGUGACAAUGUGCUGCAAGUGCACAAUGCAGAUCUCAUGCUGGAAGGUCAGGUGCACUGCUCUAUGCUUCACCUACCUAUUCAUCACCGGUGUGCAGCUUAGGCCUUUAGUGGAAAAGGAAAAGAAGAUGCAACUGGAAGCAGUGAAAAAAGGGAUUUUGGAUCAUUUGGGGCUGAACAGCCCUCCAGUCAUUAGGGAGAAAUUGGACUUGGAUGAUAUACGCAAAAUGUACUCUCUCUACCAGGAAAAGUUAACGGAACUCAGGGGAAAUAUAAGCAAAGAUGGAAUCCCUGAGAGAAAAGUACAUCUGCUGACACCCACAUUAGAAAAAAAGACACAAUUGGCAAGAAAAUAUGAAAUACAACACGGAAGCAACAGCCACAGAUACAAUCUUGUGUUUUCCAGGACUCAAACCUUUCAUCAAGAGCUGAGUGUCAUGAGAGCUGAACUCAAACUAUGCAAGAAAAUCCUGUCUACAUUACAAUCAGUUGGGAGUAACUCAACCGCUCAACCCAUGGUGAACAUUUAUAAGGUGGUAGAGUCUAAUGAAAGGCAUGGAGAGGAAGAGCAUAAAUUACUUGACUCCAAGCCUCUUGAUAAAGAAACGUUAAUGUUAAAUGUUGUGUCUGCUGUCCAGCAGUGGGUGGCAAGUUCAGAGAAAUGUCUUCGGCUUGAGCUAGUCAUCCCAACAGAUAUCGCUUUUGUGAGCAAUGGAGACAAACAAAAAGAAAAGAAUGAUGACCUUAUUUUAGAAGUAGAGACACAAGAGAGGGCACACUCCAACAUUAGAAAGUCCAGAUCACUUCCUGCAGAUGAAGAGUGUAAAAAAAGUGAAAAGAAAUGCUGUCGUAAAUCUUUGCGAGUGUCUUUCAAGGAGAUCGGUUGGUCAGAUUGGAUCAUUGUUCCAGAAGCAUACACAAUGCAUUUUUGUGAUGGUUCCUGCCCACAUAAUUAUAAGCCAGCAAGCAUGCAUGCUCAGAUCAAAUACAGGAUGCAUCACAUAUCUAAUGGAGCUACACCAGCCCCAUGCUGUGUUCCUGCAAGCUAUGAACCUAUGGUACUUAUGCAUUACAAUACCGAGGGCAAACUAACUUUAACCCCAUUUGAGGACAUGAUUGUUAGGAAAUGUCACUGUGCCUGAACCCUUCACUGCAACUACAUGUUGUGUUAAAUAUAUUUCUUGAAAUGGAGAUUAGAGGACCACACUGUGAAGCUGUUUGACAAAGUCUACACCACCUUAUUGUCUAAAGACUGCCAAAUGGAGACAAAUGAAUAGUCAACCAGCUAUAAUGGUACACCAAAAGUGUGAUACAAGAAGCUGCAUUUUAAUAUUGAACAUUUGUUACUGAAGAACUAAAUGCAUUGCAGAACUGUGGUCACUAGAGAUCAUGUCUUCUGCAUUCAUUGUAUAGUGCUUUAGUGUUUUUACACUGCAUCUCUACAGUUAGGGCCUGAAGCAAAAGUGUGUAUGAACGAUUUACCUUAUCUAUAACCACUGCUUUGAACUGAACAAACACCAAAAAUAGGGAUGAUUCUGUCUGUGUUGAAAUAAGGGAUAUUUAUUUAUAAUGGAAGGAUAUUUUUCAUUAGGGAACUUUUCUAGUUGCACAUCAUAAUGUUUAAGACUGCUUUGAUCACACAAUCAGUCAUUCUGCUAUAUAAAGUAAUAGUGCUCUGCAGGGCUGUAAUUUCUAUAUAGACACCUGUAAAUUAGUGGCAUCUUUAUUGGGGGGGAGUAGCCCAUGGCUGAUUAUAUAGAAUCAAAAUGUGCUUAUCCCCCCUCCACAGUGGAGCUGAGGGGGUGGUGGCCUCCUCUUCUGGUGAGGGCAUGGGUUACAUUGCUGCUGCUCAGUAGUAGCCCUGAUAUAUCACCUAGCAAAUCCUUUUACUGCUGAACCACAUUGUUUGGAAAACCAAUUGUUACAUUUAAAGGCUUGGUAAAGUUUUACUGAGCAGUGUUUAUAUGUGACUAUUUACUUUAAUCAAUUAUAACUAUAGUAUAUUUCAGCAAGCUGUUUUUUUUUUCACAGAAGAUCUGUACUAACAGCUAAGCAAGCUUUGGUUGGAUUCUUCUGCACUGGUCAGGUUUCAGAGAAAUGAAUGCAUAAAAUCUGAAUGGAGGCAAAUAUUAAUCUAAAUUAAGGGGUGUAACUACAGAGGAAGCAGACCCUGCAUUUGCAGGAGGGGCAGGAGUGUAGGGGACCCUGUAAGGCCCUAAAUAAUGAAAACAUCAAUAUAUCUUGGUAGCAAAUAUUAGGUCAACAAAUGUUUUGGUGCCCUAAAUAGAAUUUGCUGUGGGGCUCUGAAACAUUUAGUUACACCGCUGUCUAAAUUAAUGCUGUGUUCACACAUUUGGUCCAAAAUUUGAUGUCAUGUGUUCCCCUUUGCUAUUGUUUAUUACAUUCACUCCUUAUCCCUAUCUCAGGUCUAAAGAUGUAUUUCAGUUUUAAGAAGCUGGAGCCAAUUUUAUCUAUACUGUAUAUUGUUCACAGAUAUAAAUAUUCAGGCACAAAAAUCUGAUGACUUAAGAAGCACAUCUAGUGACCAAAGUGCAUACAAGGCAUUCUGUUGGAAUUAGCUAAAGAAAUAUAAUGUUAAACUUUCAAAAGCAAUGUCUUAAAUAUCCAUAGGUUAUGUUAGCUUAAGCAUGUGGUCAAAACACGACUCCAGCAUUUUCCUCUUAUAUUAAUUAUUUAUUAGCCUGUUUUUUACCUGCUGCCUUACAAGUUUACUAUGUGAUUUUUAUUGUUAUCUUUUGCCUGUGUUUUAUUGCACUACUACAAACAUAAAUUAAUCUACACAGCAUCUUCAUGAACGCAGAUCCUAAAUACUAUUGCACUGAUAUGAAGGAGAGAAAAAAAUAACCAGAAGAUACUUGAGGCUCCUCUUUAAUGAAUUUCAAUGUUUUAAUGAGAACUUAACAUUGUUCUGACAUUACCUCAUGAAACAUAACUAUAUGAAGAAAUCUAGAUGUAAUCACAUUUUUUGUGUUUCAGAAUUGUAAUAUAUUUAUAUAUGAUUAAUUUUAUUGCUUUGAACAAUGUGGCAUUAUAAUGCCAUUAAUAAGCCCUUCAUCAUUUCUUCCUCAGCUUUUGAGGUUACAUAUUUAAUUUAAUUUUUGGAAGUGAGUUCACUCCAGGUUUACUAACUUACAGUAUAACAACCAAUCACAUGUUUACUAAAACAGCAGACUGGUAGCUGCUACUUGUGUGUUUGGUUGCUAUGGAUGACCUAGAACUGCAUACAAGAGCAGACUUUAUAUGUUAUUAUAUUAUAUCACAUUUUCCUUGCCAUAUUUUAUUUGAGGGGGGUUUCAUUUUUUUCAACAGUACACCUGAGUAGAUUAAAUUAUGAUGGAAAUGCAUUUAACGUUCAUGUUACAGUAACAAACCACAGACAUAGUAUAAUUUAAGUGCAAUAGGAUUUUAUCUAUCUAUAUUUAUGCCUUUUUAUUUAUUUCAUAAUUUAUUUGUUUGUUUGUACCUUUGAAUUGUUUGUAUUAUACUGAGAAGAAAACU